AUCAUUAGCUCCUCCUCUCCUCAGGCUCAGGGCAGCAGUUGAUCUGAACACCAGUUUGUGUUAAACACCAGGCCUGAACGGCGGCAGUCUGCAGCUCCUCUGAAACAUGAUUCUGCAGUAAAAUGAGGGACCGCUGCAGGAUUUCAGAGGGGAAACACCAGCAGCAGGUGGAGUUGAUGGAGUCCCUGGUGGAGCUGCUGCUGGGUGAGCUGAGUCCCAGUGACCUUCAGUGACCUCCUGCGGAGACGGCGCUGUCUGAGGGUUGGUGAGGGGCAGCAGGCGCUGCAGGCGGUUGUGUGGUUCUGAUUGGCGGCAGGCUGGAACUGACCCAGCAGGUUCAUGAACAUGACGGAUCUGGUCGACGCCAUGCAGGUCGGCAGCUCCACGGCCAAAAAAAAGCGGUUUGAUGAUCUUCUGCCUGCAGAAAUCCACAGGGUGUCAGCUGUGGACCUGCUGUUGGAAAUCCUGACGGACCUGAAAGAAGCCGAGUUCUGGAAGUUCAAAUGGUUCCUGCAGCUGACGCAGCUCCAGCAGGCUCUGCCUCAGGUCCCAUGGAGCGCCCUGCAGUUUUCAAACCGCACGCAGUUGGUCAGCAUGAUGUGGACCACCUGCGGUGAUCGGUGCCUGGCGCUGGCUCAGGAGGUUCUGAUGGACCUGGACAAGUCGGACCUGGUAGAGAAGCUUCCUCUGGUCACUUCCAGCGCUAAAGGGAAACUUUCUCUGAUGGAUUUCUGGCCUGAACUGAAGCAGAAAGUUAAAGACAUGGAGUCUGUCAUAAAGAAGCUGCUGGAGGUGUUGGAGGAUCUGACCAUCCAGGAUGUGACAGAUAUCAGGAACGCCCUCAGCUGGGAUUCGUCUGUCUGUCCUUAUUUAAGCCUCUAUUGGAGGCUGCAGGGCAUGAAUGCAGACCUGCAGGAAACCGUGUUGCUGCUGGUGCAGACGUUCAGCCAGCGUCCUGUGGACAAGAUGGAGGAGCUGCUGUCCAGAAUGCAGAGGCCCGAUCUGGAGUUCGCUCUGAUCACAUCCACAGGAAAGAAACAUGUUGUGGGAAAACGGAAAUCUGCUCUGAUGCAGAAGGUGAGAAAUAAUCCGGAUCAGAGGUCAGAGAUCCACAUUUAUCAUUUAAUUCACACGAUAAAAGUUCAUUUUCAAUAAUUCAAUUUGAAAGCGAAACAUUUAGCUUUAAA